ACAGCUCAAGUAUACUGAGCUCAAUUAUCAUGGAUAGAUACAUAUAAAUGAACAAUAUUAAUAUAUUGGAGAUACCAUCAUUCAUCAAGACUAUGACACAUUCGGCUUACUGCAGAUCAGGUUUCUUGCACUGCCAGCCUAAAAUUUGAAGACAAACCAUCUCAAGAUGCAACAAACAGAAAGAACUUAUUAACUUCAAACAUAUACAGAAAUGGCACAAGGAGAGAAUCCAUAUCCAUAAACAAAAUGACAGAUUCUGAGAAGUGAGCACUGCUUAUUACCCUUUCCUGUCUGCUCAAGGAGGCAUGUAGUUUCUGUUUCUGCACCUCUCUCUGCUGUCUAGAUACCCAACUAAACCCAUCUCAAGACAUGCUAUGUCCUUCAGUGACGAAUUCUUCACCACUGAAAAGGCCUUUUCCCGUUGAAUCCUAAGCCAUGCAUAGAACACAGAAAAGUGAUGGAAAGAAAAUGAUGAUACUUGAAAUGAUCUGGAUUUUCUCAAGCCUACUAAACAGCAACGGCUGUAGAGACCACUGAAGAGAGAUUAAUGACUAGUACCUUCUCGAGGCGGAUGGCGUGGACGGCUUCGUGGCCGGAAGUAUUAAAGGUGGAGGAAGAAGAGCGACGGUUCCUAGUUGUAGAACUUGCGCCGGAGGUGGUUGUGGAGCAGUGGACGAGAAAAGCAACGGCUGUAGAGACCACUGAAGAGAGAUUAAUGACUAGUACCUUCUUAAGGCGGAUGACGUGGACAGCUUCGCGGCCGGAAGUAUUAGAGGUGGAGGAAGAAGAGCGAUGGUUCCUAGUUGUAGAACUCGCACCGGAGGUGGUUGUGGAGCAGUGGACGAGAAAAGCUAAAUAUAUCCGUUUACAGAAAGAGAAGGGAGAGGAGAGAUCUGGGUUUUCUCAGGCUUGCUGAACCAACAAUGGCUAUAGAGACCACUGAAGAGAGAUUAAUUCCAGUACCUUCUUGAGCGUUUUUUUCUCUUCUUUUCUUUGCAUCUUGAUGUUUUUAUUUCUGUUUUUAUUUUUUUUUUUUCUAUUUUUUUUUUUCAAUUUUCGUUUCGAUUUCUGCCCGUUGAUGUAUAAAAUGAACAUGCAAUGAGCGGUAGCUUUUGGUUUUGUUUUCGUCUCUAGCCUUUACUCACCGCCGCCACCUUUAGAUACUGGUGCGGUGGUGUGUAGAGGCUUUGGAUGAACGCCAUUGGUGCAAUGCCGUUGAUGAUUUGCUCAAAAGCUAUGAGAUCUGAGGGCUCUGCUGUAGUUUUAUCACUUUAAAGGGUACCCAUUUGUCUAAGUAUGAAGUUGGAUGAUGAAAUAUGCACUGGGCUCUGAGCAGUUCUAUUCACUGCAAUAUUGAUGUACAUCCUGCCUAGAAAGCUUAUCUGACCACUUUCCAUUGUUAUAUGUUGAAAAGGUUAUGUUUUGGCAGUGAUUUUGUUGCAUAUGGGUGUUGGUAGAGAAUAAUAAGGAUGGGAAUGAAGAAACAUUAUGGAUCACAUCUCAUUGAACCAGUUGGCAGCUUUUGAUCUCUAUCUGUUCUUGACUACCUACAUGUGGCCUCUCAUUCUGUUUCUUGUUCGGUGGAAGCAAAGUCAGGAAACCUGCAUGUAUGGUGAUUCUGUGAAUAACAUUAUUGAUGCAAUGGUUUUGAUAAUGCUUAUACUAGUAACCUGGAAAUGGUCUGGCUCCCUUUGGCUUACCAAAAAAACUAGUCUGGGAUACAAUCAAUGGAAUCCAAGCAAUUUCAAUCUCGUUAAUAUUUUGCGCUAUUAGACUUUUUUUUUUUUUCUUGGAUGUUGGUUGCAUAAUGAGAGAUAAUUAUUUUUUAUUUU